GGGGCUCGAUCCGGAGCGGCCCCUGCGGACGCACGUUAGUGUCAUAGGAACAAAGUCAGGAUAUGAUGGCAACUGAGGAACUUCAAGCCAUUAUACAAAGAUGCCAAAUCCUAGAAGAAAAAGAUUUCAAAGGAGAAGAUUUUAAUCUUUUUCAAGUAGCAGGCCAGAAGUGCUUAGAAGAAGGUUAUGCAGCAGAAGUAUUAGAAGUAAUUCAAAAUGAGAAAAAUAAGGUUAUUGUCAAGAGUAUGGGUUGGAAUCUUGUUUGUCCUCUUGUUAGAUGUAUUUUGAGUUAUAAGCAGGAAGAUGAGAAGAGAGAACAUUGUCUGAAAAUACUAGAUCAGUUGGUGCAGCUGUGUAAUCCAAAGGAACUUUUAUUGGGUUUACUUGAGCAGAUUGAGCAGACCUCUGGGGAACAGAUAUCCCACACUAUUCUGCUCUUGCUUCAGCCUCUGCAGACAGUUCUAUUGAAACUUCAUAGCAAGAAGUCAUACUCAGUGGGUUUAUCUUUGUCUACCAUUUUAAAUCAACUCUCUCUCCUGCCUGUACCUUACACAAAAGAAGAAAUACGAGAAGAUAAACUUGGCCUCUGCCAGUGUUGCAAUGCAAUAGUGGAUUUUGCUAAACCUUUUGUGGAUGAAGUUGUUAAAAAUAUGGAAGCCUCAACAGAAAAUGAUGACGAAGAGCUCAAAGAAGAAUUGCUAAAAUUUUGUUUGAAAAGCUUGAAAUACCCCUUAUUAAUAGCACAGCUUGAUCAGCUGCAAGAAGACAUUGAAGAAGAUCCCUUAAGGCAUUUUGCAGCUGAAAUUCUAGGCAUUUUAUUGGAUAUAAAAGAAUUGUUACCAACAUUGUUUUCACACCGUGGAAGCAGAAAUCAGAACUGGGAUAAUCCGGAUUUUUUGGAUGUAGAUAGAAAGCAUUCUGCAGAUUCUUUGGCAUGUCUGUCAUAUCUGGUGUUUGUUCAGUAUUUUGGUAUUGAUUGUUUUCCAAUGGUCUUUAGUCCAUCAUAUCUUCUGCAGUGCAACAUGACACACAUUGAGGUCCUAUUGGAAAGGACAGAAGAAUCUGUGUUAACUAAAGGACUUGACCUGCUUGGAAACUGUUUAUUGAGAAUGAGUGAUAAUAGCCUUCAUCAUCAGUAUUUGGAAUUCAAAGGCUUCAUUACAGCACCUCAGGGUUUGGUGAAAGUGAUGACCCUUUGUCCUAUAGAGCAUUUGCGAAAGAAGAGUUUGAAGAUAUUGCAGUUAUAUAUAGACAAGUUUGAUGCAGAGGGAAAAUACACUUUGUUCAGGUGUUUAUUGAAGACAAGCAACCACGCUGGCGUAGAAGGCUAUGUUAUUCAAAAUAUCAAAAAUCAGAUUGAUUUAUCAUUAAAGAAAGCAAAUGACAGUAAGUGGUUUACUGGACCCCAGCUGGUUUCUCUUCUAGAUUUAGUGCUGUUGCUUCCUGAAGGGGCUGAAACAGAUCUUCUCCAAAACUCAGAUAGGAUUAUGGCCUCACUAAAUCUAUUGAGAUAUUUAGUCAUUAAGGAUAACGAAUACGACAAUCAAACUGGUAUAUGGACUGAACUUAACAAGAUUGAGCAAAAUUUCUUAAAGCCUUUGCACACAGGACUUAAUAUGUCAAAAGCACAUUAUGAAGCAGAAAUAAAGAGUAAAAAGGAAAAUAGACGAGAAUCUCACAAUUCUAAAGCAGUUUGUUCUGUAACAGUUGGUGGGGAAAAGAUGCCUAACAUGACCACUGAAAUGCAGCUUCAGGUUCUACAUUCAGCUCUUUUCACAUUUGAUUUAAUAGAAAGUGUUCUGGCCCGAGUAGAAGAACUCAUCGAAGUGAAAAUAAAAACCAUAACAUAA